UGCACAGAGUGCAAUCACACGGCCCUGUGCUCCAUGGGCGUGAGGCGCGAGUACCCACCAACCUCCAUUUCCUCUCUCACAGGGAAGUUCGAAUGCGAGUUGUGCGACCGCUCCUUCAGCGAGAAAUGGGCCCUGAACAACCACAUGAAGCUGCACAGCGGGGAGAAGCCCUACAAGUGCGCCUGGCCGUCCUGCCACUACGCCUUCCUCAACCUGUCGGCCAUGAAGGACCACUACAGGACGCACACUGGGGAGAAGUCCUAUCUGUGUGACCUGUGCGGCUUCGCUGGAGGGACCAGGCACGCCCUCACAAAACACAGGCGCCAGCACACAGGAGAGAGACCUUUCAAAUGUAAGCUCUGCAACUUCGCCUCCACAACGCAGUCCCACCUUUCACGGCACAAACGAGUUCACACCGGAGAGAAACCCUACCGCUGCCCCUGGUGCGACUACAGGUACCGGCUCAUUGACCAGCACACGGUCAGCGGCACUGAUUACCACCACAAUGGCCCUGAUGAUCCGAGGGUUGAUAGAUCCAACUGCGCCGAGAACAUCCGGAAACACAUCCUCCACACGGGGAAGCACGAGGGCGUGAAGAUGUACAACUGCCCCAAAUGCAACUACGCCACCAACUCGCCCAUGGAGUUCCGCAAUCACCUGAAGGAGAAUCACGCCGACAUCGAGAACCCAGACCUGGCUUACCUGCAUGCAGGUAACGCUUCCCUCAAACGCCUAGUGAGGAUUCUGCUCACAGUCGAAAAAAGUUUUCCAAUUUCUUAG